UUCAAAUUAAUAAAGACUUAUUUAAUGAUGUUUACUUUGAAAUUUUAAAUAUAAAUUUUGAUCAAAUUUCUUUGAAUACACUUAUCUCAGCCUUUAGUUUCGCUGCAGCAAGACCUCAAAGAACCUUGAAACUUGGACCAAGUCUCUCUACGCCUCCUUUCUGCCCUUCAUCUCAAGGUUUUAGUAGUCAAG